GAAUUAAUAAUGACUUACGAGGGUUGUGAAUGCUGCCUGGUGUCAACACCAAGGUUGGUGGCUGCUGGAGUUGGCUCUGCUCGACCUUGGUAUUUUAUCCCUGUCUGCUUCUCUCCCACCAGUCUUGGCACCCCUGGAUACAUCAGUCAACAGCUACUAAAGAAAAGUUCCACCACUGGUUGCUAGUAACACAUGAGGUACCUUUUACUGGAUAAGGCACUAAGGUUACCCCAAAUAGUUAUGGCAGCUAAGCUGCUAUGCACUGGGGACCGUGGAGUUGUAGUUUAUGCGAGAAGCUUACAAUCUGUCUGUGCUGGAAUCAGGAAAUUUUCAAGUCAAGGACGCAACAACCCUAAUGAAGCCACACCUAAACCUGAUGUUAAGGAAGUUGCAGCAGAGCCACUCAACACAUGGUUAGAUAUUAAAGCUGGAAUAUUUGGGCCAAGCGACCAGCGUCUUCCUCUCCCUGGCAAUAUUGGGCUGUGUCAGAAGUUGGAGAUGAGUGAGCAGCGUCCCCUAAUAUACCAGAGGCAUAGCCACUGGAAAAUAUCUCCAGAUAUUCUCACUCGUAAGACUAAUCAUGAACACCAGAUGCAGGCACUUGGCCAGUGUAGUCCUAGUGAAGUUAAAAAUGUCAUUGAAGAACACAUACAUAGAAAUAACCCAUCGAUGCCUAAUCCAUCAGAUAUCUUAGAGUGCAAGGCCCAGCAGUGUCCUGAUCUGGUCAAAAAAGAUUUUCUUGAUUUGUUCCCUGGGCGUAACUUGAAGGAUGGACCCCUGGCUGUAGUGACUUUAAGCCAAAAAACUCAAAAUGAUAUGAGUAGCUGGUCUGAAGAUAUGGAGCUGGAGCGAGAGGAGCUUAUUGAUUAUUUUAUUCUUGCUGCUGAAGAUAUAUGCAGUAGCUUACAAGCAGAAGGAUAUUGGGCAGAUUUUAUUGACCCCACAUCUGGGCGACCUUACCUUGGAGCGUUCACUAAUGCUACAUUAUUUGAGGUUGAUGAACGUUAUCGGUACUUAGGCUUUCUCAUUGAAGAUUUGGGAUGCUGCAAAAUUAUUUCUCACCGACUCUGGGGCACUUACGUAUUUGUUGGGGCCAUCUUCACCAAUGCUCCUGUAAACUCGGAUGCCUUACAGCAAGCCCUUGGCAAACAUCAGAAGGAUCAAACAUCGAGCUAAAACCAGUACUGUAUAUAGAGAGCUCAUUCUGCUUUCUAUAUGUACAGUAUACUGUAUAUAGGACUAGUGUUGUAUAGAUAUUACAAAAAAAAAAAGGCAGUCCAGUACUAGGUACAUAUGUGAUACACACAGUAGUGUUUACAUGUUAUUAUGUCAGUAUGAAAUACUUUGGCUACAUUUUUUUUCAUAGGCUGUCAUCUCAAGAUCUAUUUGUUAGCUGGUUUACCGAAAUACACAGUGCAUUUAAUACAAAUUUUUCUUUGCAUUUAAUACAAAUUUUUUCUUUGUGUAAAAUUUAUUGUCAGGCAAGGAGAAAUGUGAAGCAUUUACAUCAAUUGUAUUUAUAUUUGGAUACUUAAUAAUAAUUACAUUCUAAAAACUCAAA